CCUGCUCCUGCUUCUGCUAGAGCCAGUCCACUGCUGUCCAGCGCUGCUCUCCACACACACACACACACACACCACUGCUCCCCACCCUCCACAGAGAGUUUAUCCCCACGCUGCUCGCGGUGUAGCAGUGCUGAGGCUGGAGGAGGCAGAGGAGCAGUUUGUGAGGAGGAUGAUGAUAAGGAUGAAGAGGAGAGUUUUCUUUUCUGGCUUGAAGGCGGAUAUCCCUCAGGAGAGGUGCUUUAGAACCCAUGGUCGCUCAGUUUUCAGGUAUUUUAGAGGAGACAAAUAACAAGAUGGAGUACAGCAUCAGGAAGAUGAGCACAUCAGACACCUCAAGCUUCCUUCCUUCUUUCAGGCUAAAACUCGUUGUCCUCUUCAUUGUUUUUUCCCAUGAGCUUCAUCAGGCUGAUGCUGGGGGCUCCAAGGUAGAUGAAGAAUCCUCUUCAGCCAAUGAAUCUGGAACAUGCUCUGGCAGCUACGAGUGCAAGGAGGGAGUGAUUCUGCCUUUAUGGACUCCAGAAAACCCCUCAUUCCCAGACAAGCUAGCUAGAGCCACAAUCUACUUUGUUGGAUUGUUCUACAUGUUUCUAGGUGUCUCCAUUAUUGCAGAUCGCUUCAUGGCAUCUAUUGAGGUCAUCACAUCCCAAGAAAAAGAAAUCACCAUCAAGAAGCCCAAUGGGGAAACCACGACCACAACCGUCCGCAUUUGGAAUGAAACCGUGUCCAAUCUGACACUCAUGGCUCUUGGAUCCUCUGCUCCUGAGAUUUUGCUAUCUGUGGUUGAAGUUUGCGGACACAACUUUGACGCAGGUGAGCUGGGGCCAAAUACCAUUGUUGGCAGUGCGGCGUUCAACAUGUUCGUCAUCAUCGGCCUAUGCGUUUCUGUAAUCCCAGAUGGUGACCAUCGCAAAGUGAAGCACUUGAGAGUGUUCUUUGUCACCGCAGCUUGGAGCAUCUUUGCAUACACCUGGCUGUACCUGAUCUUGGCUGUUAUCUCUCCAGGUGUGGUGGAGGUGUGGGAGGGGCUCCUCACGCUCUUCUUCUUCCCUAUAUGUGUGGUGUUUGCAUGGGUUGCUGACCGCAGACUUCUGUUUUAUAAGUACGUGAACAAGCGAUACAGAGUCGGAAAGCAGCGGGGGAUGAUCAUCGAGACCGAAGGUGAGCCUGAGCUCCAAUCAAAAGCAGAUAUUGAAAUGGAUGGCCAGAUGCUCAACUCGCACGGAGAGGACUUCCUGGAUGGAGCUGUGAAUACAGACAUAAAAGAGAUGGACGAGGAAGAAGCCAGGAGGGAGAUGGCCAGGAUUUUAAAGGACCUGAAACAGAAGCAUCCGGAAAAAGAGAUGGAGCAGCUGAUUGAGCUUGCCAACUACCAGGUCCUGAGCCAACAACAGAAGAGUCGCGCUUUCUACCGUUGCCAAGCCACCAGGCUCAUGACUGGUGCAGGGAACAUCCUGAAGAAGCAUGCUGCAGAUCAGGCAAGGAAAGCAAUCUGCACCCACGAACUUCGCACAGAAGUUUCCGAUAACGAUUUCUCCUCAAAGAUCUUCUUUGACCCAGGCACGUACCAGUGUCUGGAAAACUGCGGGUCAGUUGCCCUGAAUGUUGUGCGCCGUGGAGGCGACCUUACCAGUACCAUUUCCGUCAGCUACCGUACCGAAGAUGGCACUGCUAAUGCAGGAUCAGAUUAUGAAUUUAGCGAGGGUGUCAUUGUCUUUAACCCGGGCGAGGCCGAGAAAGAAAUUCGCAUUGAGAUAAUAGACGAUGACAUCUUUGAGGAGGACGAGCACUUUCUGGUCCACCUUAGCAAUAUACAAGUGCUGUCUGAAAGCCGAAACAAUGGGAGCCCAGUUUUGAAUCACGUGGACAGUCUGGCUGGCUUGGGGCUCCCAUCCACAGCUACAGUGACCAUUUUCGAUGAUGACCAUGCUGGAAUCUUUGCAUUCGAGGAGCAGAUGAUGCAUGUGAGCGAAAGCAUUGGCAUCAUGGAGGUGAAGGUGGUGCGGACGUCCGGAGCCAGAGGGGCUGUGGUGGUGCCUUACAAGACAAUUGAAGGGACGGCCAAAGGCGGAGGAGAGGACUUUGAGGACACCCAUGGUGUCUUGGAGUUCCAAAACGAUGAGAUCUCUAAAACCCUUCAGAUCAAUAUUAUUGAUGAUGAGGAAUACGAAAAGAACAAGAACUUCUUCAUGGAGCUUGGAGAGCCACGAAUGAUGGAGAUGAGCGAGAGGAAAGCUGUGCUACUGCAUGAGUGUGGUGGCUUCGUGAAGACAGAUAAGCAGCUUUUUGGGAGAGAUGUGUACCGGAAAGUUCAGGGCAGAGAUAACCCUGUCCCCUCUACCAUCAUCAACCUUGCAGAAGACAUCUCUCUCUCACAGAAAGAGCAGGAAGAGCGUAGGAUUGCCGAAAUGGGACGCCCCACACUGGGAGACAACACCAGGCUGGAAGUUGUCAUAGAGGAGUCGUACGAGUUCAAGAGUACAGUUGAUAAACUGAUCAAGAAAACCAACCUGGCCCUGCUGGUGGGAACCAACAGUUGGAGAGAGCAGUUUGUGGAGGCCAUCACAGUAAACUCAGGGGGGGAUGAUGACGAGGAGUGUAGCGAGGAGAAGCUGCCAUCCUGUUUUGAUUACGUGAUGCACUUCUUGACGGUGUUCUGGAAGAUUCUGUUUGCCUUUGUCCCUCCUACGGACUACUGGAAUGGCUGGGCUUGCUUCGUCGUUUCCAUCUCCAUGAUCGGCCUCCUCACAGCAGUUAUCGGUGACCUGGCCUCACACUUUGGCUGCACCGUUGGCCUGAAGGACUCGGUCACUGCUGUGGUGUUUGUCGCUCUGGGAACAUCUGUCCCAGACACAUUUGCCAGUAAAGUAGCCGCUAUCCAGGACCAGUAUGCUGAUGCCUGCAUCGGUAAUGUGACAGGCAGCAAUGCAGUCAACGUUUUUCUGGGGAUCGGUGUGGCGUGGUCCAUUGCUGCCAUUUACCACCAGUGGAAUGGGCAGUACUUCCGCGUUCAGCCCGGAACGCUGGCCUUCUCCGUCACGCUCUUCACCAUCUUCGCAUUCGUCUGUAUUGCCGUGCUGAUGUACCGCCGCAGGCCAGAGAUUGGUGGGGAACUUGGGGGCCCACGGACCGCCAAAAGAAUAACCAGCAGCCUGUUCUUCAGCCUUUGGCUCCUAUACAUUGUUCUUUCCUCUCUGGAGGCAUAUUGCAUCAUCAAAGGCUUCUAAACUGAUCCAGAGGAGCCUGGUGGAGAACCUUGUUCAAGACAGGAGCGAGGGGGUAGCAUCUGGUACUGCUGUUGUUGAUUGCGUGUCGUGUUGAUUUGUCCUUGUCUCAGCACCCGUGCACAAAACCAUUCCCGUCAGUCAGUGUUGGUGAAAGCUGGAGGUCAAGAGUGGUGUUGAGACGUGAAAGGGGACUUCGAUUGCAAACUGAAAUUAGAACUGUUAUAACGUUAAAAACCAAAGAUUCGUUGAAGAUAAAGGUGAAGAAGUGCACCAGAGCUAAAAGAACACACUGCAUUUUAAUCUGUCAGAAAGAGAAGACUGACAGUCGUACAAGUUCUGUGUGUUCUGCUCGUAGGUUAAGGCAACUAGAUUUACGCUUUCUUUUUCAACUUCACAAAACUCCUUCAGAAAUCAGAACGUGUUCAAGAUUAUACCACCAAUGUCCAGCUGUAGACUUACUGCUACAAUUUAAUACCACGAUUAGUGACAAUCACACAGUUUGUAAAGUUUUUUUGAUUUGUCACAUAAACGUCUGACACUGUUGUAUUUUGAGGUUUGGGAAUGACUUAGGGCUUCUACCCCUCCAGCACAGCAGGUGGCGCUGUCCUUCUGUCCUCCUCUCUCUGUUCAAACACCUGAGCACAUGGCACCUCCCAUACCAGCACUGAAAAAAGAAUAUCACAGAAACAGCAGGUUGGAGUGAAUUAGAUUAUAUUAGAUUAGAUGAUUCUCUUUAGAGCUGUUUGCAACAAACUGAGGAAAAUAAAUGAAUACUCGAAUCAGAGAUCUAAACCCUGACCUUUAGCACUGCUCAUAAUUAAUCGUUAUCUUGUUUAGCAGUAAUAAUUCAGAAAUCUGGGAGACCAGCCACCCAAUCAACCACCCCAUCUGCACCCUCACCUCCCGUCUUUUUGAAUAUGAACUUCAUUAAAGUUGUUUUAUUUUUGUUGGAAUUGAUCAAAUUAUUGUGUGGAAUGAAUGCUUGGAUUGAACUUUUGGAUUUUACUCCUACAAAUUAAAUUACGUUCAAAACUG